CGCAGCGAAAUUCAACUUCUGUUGUGUUAUAUUAGGCAUUUUGUAAAUCCUGGAACUACUUUUUCAGAUCACCCUACAACCGUGUAUAAACUUCCGCUCUGUAUUUGAAUCUGAAGAUUACACACUCCGGACCACUAGACGGUGGCGGAGUAAUAUCAACGAGCAAUGAGUCUUAAUGACUACAGAAACCAAUGGGAUUUACAAAAUGCCUAAUAUAAGAAUGAGGGCGGUUGCACGCCAAUGUUUUUGUCUGCAGUCAACUAUAUCAAGGUGUGGUGUCAAAACAGGUUUGUCAAAGGAUGGGCUUUAGUGCUGUGCUAUCUAGGCAGUAAAAACUCUUUAAAACAGCUUCUGGAACACAAAGCUGCUGGAACACAAAGUUCACAAAGUUCACUCUGAAACAGGUAUCAGACAGUACAGGUGGAAUAUAUCUUCGGUGGUUACAGGUGAAAAAAAAGGUGAGCAUCAUGGCUGUGAACUCGCUGCAGCGGCUCUUCAAAACUCUAGAUGGGUUGACGUCUGCACAGCUGAACCGGUUCAGGGUGUGCCUGUCUGAGACGACGGUGGAUGGGUUUGAACCCAUCCCCAAAGGAAAGCUGGAGAACAAGGAUCCUACUGAGGUUGCAUCUUUGAUGAAGGACUUCUAUGGUGAGGAAGGCAGAAUGAAAAUUACUCUGACCAUCCUGAGGAUGAUGACCCUCAACAACCUUGCAGACAAACUAGAAGAGAGGGAUGCUGCAAUGUCAGGAAAGCAAGAUGAUGCAAUUAUACAGGAGGUCAAAGAAAAUCACAAAAAGUGGAUGAAAGAGAAGUUUGGAAAGAUUUAUGAGUGUACCGAGAAGGGAAGGAACAAAACACUCCUGAGUAAAAUCUACACGGAGCUCUACAUCACAGAGGGAGAGAGUGAAGGAGUCAACACUCAACAUGAGAUUCGCAGGAUUGAAACGCUGUCAAAAACCCAAAAGGCAAAGAAAGACAAAAUCGACUGUAAUGACAUCUUUAAGCAUUCAGAGGAAGAUGAGAAAAUCCGAACUGUGAUGACCACAGGCAUUGCUGGCAUCGGGAAAUCUGUAUGUGUGCAGAAGUUCAUUCUGGACUGGGCAGAAGGAGAGGCCCAUCAGGAUGUUGAUUUCAUAUUUGCACUUCCAUUCCGACAGUUAAACUUGAAACAAAAUAAGUCAUACACUCUUCUCAAACUCCUCCUUGACUUUCAUCUGGGACUGGAUGGAAAGGUCAUACAUCCGGAAAUGUUCAGAGAGUUCAAGAUCAUGUUCAUCUUUGAUGGUCUGGAUGAGAGCAAACUUUCCCUGAAUGUAGAACAAGACAUGCAUGAUCUCCUGAAGACUGCAUCAUUGGAUAUGUUGAUAACCAACCUCAUCACAGGUAAUCUACUGCCUAAUGCGCUUAUUUGGAUAACCUCCCGACCAGCAGCUGUCAAACAGAUACCUACUGAAUACAUAGACAGGUGGACAGAGGUACAAGGAUUCAAUGAUCAACAGAAGGAUGACUACUUCAAGAAGAGGAUUGAGAAUCCAGAGGAAGCAGACACAGCCAUUGCUCACAUUAAAAGGUCUAAAAGUCUCUACAUCAUGUGCCACAUCCCUGUCUUCUGCUGGAUCUUAGCCACUGUGCUUCUGAAAAUGACCAGCACAAGUAACUUUCCUCAAACACUAACUGAGAUCUAUAUCUAUUUCCUGCUCACUGAGACACGUAGAAAGGGCCAAAAAUAUGGCAAAGGCUUUGAACGAGAUGAUGAAAAACGUCUGGAGUCCGACAAAGAGCCUAUUUUGAAAUUAUCUGAACUAGCAUAUGAAGAACUGCUGAAGGGAAAUAUCUUGUUUAAUGAAUACAGUUUGAGAGAAUGUGGCAUAAAUGAAAAAGACAUGACAUUGUACUCUGGUAUGUGCUCUGAGUUCUUCAUGAGUGAGGAUGUUCUCGACCAACAUAAAGUCUAUUGCUUUGUGCAUCUGAGCAUUCAGGAGUUUCUGGCUGCAUUGUUUGUGUUUCACUCCUUUGUGAUUAGAGACACAGAAGCCCUGACAAAAUUCACCUCACAAGAAUCUGCCUUGACAGCCCCUUCCAGCCAUUCCAUGGUUGAGUUUUUAAGAACUGCAAUAGAUAAAUCCAUGCAGAGCAAAGAUGGACAUCUGGACCUUUUCCUUCGCUUCCUCUUAGGCAUCUCUCAUGAGUCCAACCAGAAACUCCUGCAAGGACUUCUGACACACAUAGAGAGCAGCUCAGACAGCCACAAGAAAACAGCCCGGUACAUCAGAAGAAUUCUGAGUGAGGACGAAAAAGUCCCUGAAAGAUGUCUGAAUCUGAUCCUCUGUUUAUCGGAGAUGAAGGACAACACCCUUCAUCAGGAGAUUCAGCAGUACAUAGACUCUGGAGCAAAUCUCUCACCUACCCAAUGUUCACAACUGGCCUACAUGCUUCUGGUGUCAGAGGAAACACUUGAUGAGUUUGACCUGGCUAAGUACAAGACAUCAAGUGAGGGUCGUGAGAGACUGCUCAUAGUAUUGAAGUCUUGCAGGAAAGCACUAUUGGCUGGUUGUGAUCUCCAAAAGGAUUCCUGUGAGGUCAUAGCAUCUGGUCUUCAGUCAGAAAACUCCCGGUUGAAAGAGCUAGACCUGAGUUCUAAUCCUCUGGAGGAUUCUGGAGUGAGGUUGCUGUCUGUUGGGCUGAAGCAUACUAACUGCAAGCUGGAAACACUGAGACUUGCCAAUUGUAAUAUCACACAUAAUUCCUGUGAGAUUGUGGCUUCAGUUCUGCAGUCAACAAACUCCCUCAUAAAGCUGGACUUUGGUGAAAAUGACCUGGGGGAUUCUGGAGUGGCCCAUCUCUCUAAGGGACUAUCUAGUCCCCUCUGCAACCUGCAGACAUUAAGACUUGCCAAUUGUAAUAUCACAUAUAAUUCCUGUGAGAUUGUGGCUUCAGUUCUGUCAACAUACUCCCUCAUAAAGCUGGACUUGGGUGAAAAUGACCUGGAAGAUUCUGGAGUUCGGUCUCUCUCUGAGGGACUAUCUAGUCCCCUCUGCAAACUGCAGACAUUAAGACUUGCUGUAUGCAAACUCUCAGAGAAGUCAUGUGGAAUUGUGGCUACUGUUCUACAGUCACCAAACUCCCUGAUAGGGCUAGACCUGAGUCACAAUGACCUGAGAGAUUCUGGAGUUCAGCUUCUCUCUAAGGGACUGUCUAGUCCCCACUGCAAACUGCAGACAUUAAGGCUGGCUGAUUGUAAGCUCACAGAUAAACUAUGUGAGAUUGCUGCUUCAAUUCUACAGUCACCAAACUCCCUGCUACAGCUGAACUUCAGUAACAAUGACCUGGGGGAUUCUGGAGUGCAGCUUCUCUCUAAGGGACUGUCAAGUUCCAAUAGCAUACUGCAGAUAUUAAGGCUUGCUGAUUGUAAACUCACAGAAAAAUCGUGUGAGAUUGUGGCUUCAGUUCUACAGUCACCAAACACCCUGCAACAGCUGGACUUGAGUGACAAUGACUUGGGGGAUUCUGGAACUCAACUUCUCUGUAAGGGACUGUCCCGUUCCAACUGCAAAAUACACACAUUAAGGCUCUCUGAUUGUCUCAUCUCAGAGAGUUGUGGUUUUCUGGCUUCAGCUCUGACUUCAAACCCCUCCCAUCUAAAAGAGCUGGAUCUGAGCUACAAUCAUCCUGGAGAAUCAGGACUGAAGCUGUUAUCCGCUAGACUGGAGGAUCCUGUCUGUAAACUGGUGAUACUUAAAACGGGGACUUCUGUAAGCAGAGCACGACCACAUUUGCUGAGAUAUGCCUGUGAUCUCACACUGGACCCAAAAACAGCAUGCAGACGUCUCUCUCUCUCUGAGGGGAACAGAAAGGUGACAUUUGUGAGAGAGGAGCAGCCGUAUCCUGAAUACCCAGAGAGAUUUGACUCCUCCUACUGGUCUCAGGUGUUGUGUAGAGAGGGUCUGACUGGACGCUGCUACUGGGAGGCUGAGUGGAGUGAAGGAAUAUGUAGAGGAGGAGCUCAGAUAUCUGUGGCCUAUAAAAGCAUCAAGAGGAAAGGGAGAGGUGAUGACGUCAUAAUGGGAUGGAAUGCCAAGUCCUGGAGUCUGGACUGCUAUUCUGAUUACAGUUACUAUGUCUGGCACAAUAAUGGACUCACUGACAUACCUGCCCCCUCCUCCGGCUCCAGUAGAGUAGGAGUGCACCUGGACUGGCCGGCCGGCACUCUGUCCUUCUACAGCGUCUCCUCUCACACACUCACCCACCUGCACACAUUCUACUCCAAAUUCACUGAGCCCCUCUGUCCAGGGUUUAGGUUUGAUUAUUUAUAUUCUGGCUCCUCAGUGUCCCUGUGCCAGAUCACAUGAGCUCCUCCUCCAGCAGGUUCGUCCACCUGUCACCCUUUCUCUCAAUCUUCUGUACUUUCCCUCCUUUCACUUGUUAAUUUUCACUCUCUUUCUCUCUCUGUCCCCUCUUCCUCUUCCUCUCUCUCUCUCUCUACUCCCUCUUUUUCUCCCCCUCUUUUUUCUCUUUCUUUAUCUGUCCCCUCCUCUGUUUUCUCCUUUUUUCCACUUCUCUCUCUCUCUGUGUACGUGUGUGUUUCUGGUUUGAAUUAAACUGUCUACUUUCUACACUGCGCAACAUUCCGCAGUAGCCAGGUAACCGUAGCAACAUCCAUUGUGAUGUAAGCACCUGGUGCUUGAUCUGUGGCCCUGGCAGUUGAGCAUGCUGCAGGAACACCAGAGUCACACACUCCUGUUCAUACACAUGUGUGAUGCUGAGAUGCUGUUGAGAUAUUGAUAUCUGUUUAUUAAAUGUAUAGACUACUGUUUUGGUGAUACGAAACAAAUGCUGAUAUUUUGUGCUUUUCCUGAAUUAAAUGUGUGGAUUAUAAGAAUGUUUCAGCAACAACAGCAUGCUGUAGCCAGAGAAGGUUAAAGCUGUAGCCUAUUCUGUUCUCCCUAAAGUGUAGUUAUUUGCUAAUUUUGUUUUUGAACGUUAUCUGCUGGUUUGUUUUACAUGUGUUUACGCAGAACUAUUGAACAUGCUUGUUGUUUUUCUGACUGACAAUAUGAAAAUGACAUGUAUUUCUUACUUUAAAAUGUCUAAAUAAAACUUCUGAAAUGACA